GUUUAAGGUAAAAAAUAUUGGACACAACUUCUGGACUGAUCUCAAGUCUGGCUUUCACACCCAUGCAGGGAAUCGAGCUUUUAAAUCCUCAAGCGAACCAGUUUGGAGGAACUGUGAGUAGUUAUUUUUCGGAGAUCAGGAGAACAACUUGAAACACACUCUUUUUGCUGGUUGUUUUCUACAUACAAAUGAUGAUGAAUGAAUGAUUUUAUAUGAUGCAAGUAUAAAGCAGACUAUCUUGUACUCCACUUUUAGAUUUUAGCAAGUUGCUUCAUUUACAUUCAAAAAUGGAAAUCGUAUAUUGCUCUUUAUGGAAGUACUAGCUAGGUAGAUUUGCAUUUCCCCCAAAAUCCUUUUUUAAAAUAAUAAUACUCCCCUACUACUAGUUUCUUACUAACAUUUAUUAAUUGGAAGAUAACUGAUUUGUAAGAAUUAUUAAUUGCAAGAUUACUGAUUUGUUUCAUUUUUUAUUGGAAAAAACAUUAUAUCGCUUAAAUGUUCUUGGGCUGGAAAAAACAAUUCAUUGAAUGAGUAAUGAAGUUGUUGUUGGAAUGGCUCGGCCUACUGGCCCAUCUGAAGGAUGGCUAAAGCCCAAAAUAAUUUAUUUGAUCAAAUACUACAAUAUACGUUGGAAUACGAAGUGCUGUUUUAUCUUUAACUGAGGUAUCCUUACUUGUUCGAGGUUGCGGUUACCGUAGCAGGAAAUGAGUUUGUUUAAUUGCAUUAGUAAUCAGUGCCCCUUGGGCUCCAAUUUUGGGUCUUCAAACAAAUUGGGGAGCUUUGGCGCCGUUCCCCAGCUGGGAGGAGCACAGAGAAGAGAUAAAUCCAGAAAUAGUCGCAGCAUCACUGCGUAUUAUGGUUUAAAAAGCCCACCUUACAAACUAGAUGCUCUGGAACCAUAUAUGAGCCAGAAAACGCUCGAGGUACACUGGGGAGUUCACCAUCGUGGUUAUGUUGAAGCUCUUAACAAACAUCUUGCAAAAAAAGAUGUACUGUAUGGAUAUACGAUGGAUGAGCUGAUCAAAGUGACAUAUAGCAACGGCAACCCGUGGCCUGAGUUCAACUCUGCAGCUCAGGUCUGGAAUCAUGACUUCUUUUGGGAAUCAAUGCAACCUGGAGGAGGUGAAAUGCCCACACUGGGCCUACUGCAGCAGAUAGAAAAGGACUUUGGUUCAUUUAUCAAUUUCAGAGAAAAGUUCGUAGAAGCAGCCAUUACAUCCUUCGGAUCUUGCUGGGUGUGGUUGGUUUUGAAAAGGGAGAAAAGAUGUCUUGCAAUAGUUAAAACAUCCAAUGCAAUUAAUCCUCUGGUCUGGAAUGACAUACCAAUAACUGGUCUGGAUGUGUGGGAGCACGCGUAUUAUUUGGAUUUCAAGAAUGAUAGAGCCAAAUACAUCAACACAUUUAUGGAUCACCUCAUAUCAUGGGAAGCAGCAGCAGCACGAAUGGCCCGUGCACAGUCUUUUGUAAAUCUAGGUGAACCCAAAAUCCCAGUUGCGUGAUACGCACCACCUUCGAUAUCAAAAACAGCUCCAGCAAUGGGAUUUUGUCAUAAUCUGCCAUAUUUCCAAUGUUGGAACGGAUUCAUCGCCUAUCUGUCAGCAUGCUGCCGCUUGCUUAAACAUGAGACGCUGAGGCAAUGCUGUGAUGGUGAUGAUUCCUUUGAUUGGAUAUUCAAAAUACUAAGAGAGAGGCGUUAGUUGCUAGAUGUUAAUGCUAGUGUUUAUGGUUGGUUAGUAGCCGUUGGGAAACUAAUGAUCUUAUUGAGAGCUCUGGUUAAGUAAGCCUUUGUUCAUAUUUGCUGGGAAUUCAAGCACAUGCCUUUUUUGUUCUACUUCGACUGAUUAUUAAAAGUAUCUACGUUUUGAUGUAAUUGUGAUUUAUUAACAAAAAUACUUAUUAUUAUUGAUACACUAUGUAUUGGAUUUGCUUCUCUUGCAA